CAUUACUUUCUCAAACAGCUUCAAGUGUCACUAGUACUCACACGUUUGUGCAACACUGUCAAUGCGCAUGAUGCAUGCAUAGACGGACUGGUCACGAGUCUAUGAUGCAUGAUCGAUGGUCAACAUGUCUCUUAAGCUUGUCCGACAGCAGGCCGCGCUACACACCUAUUUCUGCUUCACAGAGCAAGUCAUGCGCUACCUUUUCGUUCGCAACGUGAUCAGUGAAUCUGCAGGAGCGUAUGGCUACCCUCCACGACAUAAUUCUUUUGAUGACAAAAUUUGUCGAGACGGAUAUAAAAGCCUGGUCGUGAAGGCCGGUGACCGGUAAUCGUUGAGGUUCUCGCUAGUUUUCGCUUUUCUUGUUACCAAUACCCAUGGUGAAUUUUACUAUCCUCGCAGGAGGGUACACUUCCUACAUCGCCUCGUAUAUGUUCAAUAGCGAGACGAACAAUUUGACAUACUUGAACCAGUAUAUCACUGGCGGCAAUCCAUCGUGGAUAAUCUCACACCCUACGAACAAGAGUAUUCUUUAUGCAACCAACGAGAACGUCCCCGUAGGCGCAUUACAAUCAUUCACGGUCGGACCUGAAGGAGCACUCACCCUUGUCGAUACUGCAUACUCUGGAGGAAGUGGCCCGCCGUAUUGCGGCGGUCUCUCCACGGGUCAGGUAGCCAUAGCCAAUUACGGCUCCGGAACUGCGCGGGUAAUCCCCACGACCACAGAUCCGUUGCAGUUCUCCACCAAUGACAGCACCAUUGUGACAUUCCCUGUCCCAACCACUGGAACGCAGGGCGUGUCCGAACCGCAUAUGGCAUACCAAUACGGCGAGGAGCUCUUGAUCCCCGACAAGGGCAACGACAAAAUCUGGCGUCUCGGCCAGAACGGGUCACCAGGUAACUUCUCGGUUCACGGUCAAAUCGCGCAGCCAAUCGGCAGCGGCCCACGGCACAUCCAGAUUUACGAGAACCAGCUCUACACAAUCCACGAGCUCGCAAGUACCCUGAUACUCCAAGACUUUCCCGCAUACCCCAACUUCUCCACUCCCCUCAUCUCCAACGUUUCCACUGUCCCGAAUUAUCAACCUGCAGGCUCCAGCUUUGCAGCUGCCGAAGUCCUUAUCCCACUUCCAACAGCCGAGUUCCCGACCCCUUACAUCUACACCUCGAACCGCAACACUGGUGUACAGGACCCACGUGGGGAUACGAUCGCCAUUUUCGAGAACGUGGAUAACCAGCUGGUCCUGAAGAACCAGGUAUACACGGGCUUGAACCAGAUUCGCGGCAUGAUGCAUGGGCAGCAAGCCGGCGAGGGAGGCGAUGCAUAUAUUGUAGCUGCCGGGUUUGCGGGCACUGCGGGCGUCAAGGUGUUCAAGCGAACGGAGGGAGGCGUGAAUUUGGAGGAGGUUGCAGUGAAUACAGAGCUUCCGACGCGGACGAGCUUCGUAUGGUUAAAACAAUAGAGGAUUACACUCAGUAUCAAUCCAGAC